GACAAGGUCGGCGGCAGCAAGGACAAGGAGUUCACCCGCUGGCUGAAGCGCAGCGCUGUUGCGACCGACGACGAGCCCAUCUCCACCCCCAACCCCAAGGGCCACAAGAAGGUCGCCGUGAGCCAGGCCAAGCACACCAAGCAGAAGGUCGCCGUGAGCCAGGCCGACGACAGCGACUUGUGGGAUUCCGACGGCGACGAGCGGGCGCUCUCUUUCGCCGCCAAGGCGAAGGCCGUGCCAGCCAAGAGGCGCAGUUGA